ACCUCUGGUCAGUCUUAUACAUAUGACAGAUGAUACGAAUGUUAUUAUUAUGGUAAUAGUGGUACAUACAAGGUUAAAGCAGUGGCACAAACCACUUUUCCGAGGGAAAUUUCGUAAGAUAAACUAUUAACCCUAAGUUACACUAUUUGUGCAUAUAGUGCAUGUCAUCCAAUAUACUAUACGGCUCUGUUAUCUCAUCUUAUGUAUAAUUUCGUAUAUAAUAUACCAACAGUCGGACGGGGAGAUUAAGAAAGUAAAAUAAAAUUCAUCUCGUUCGACAUCUAGUAAUAAUAUCUAAAUAAGAUAAUUUAUCAAAUUGAAAUAUAAUAUUAAUAUUUGUAACCAAUCCUUGUGGUCAAAUUCGCAUUUGUUUAACUGGCUAAUUAAUUUGGGUAAUAAAAUACAACGCAUGGAAUAAAGGAGAGGUGGUGACAAUGGCGAUAAAUACUAUUGCACGUGGGAGUGGUGCCCGGCCACCAUCCGCCCCUGGUGGGUGCUGCGCCCAGUUGGUGAAAUUUCUAUGGUCCUGGAUGGGUGUAAUGUUCAACUAUGCACUGCAUCCGAGCAACUUCUACCGAGAAUUUUGCACGAGACCACAGACUUUUAAGGCUCCCAAUAGAAGUGGAGAAGUAGCUGUCCUAACGGGAGGAACCAAAGGGAUUGGUUUGGAAGUUUUGAAAAAGUUGCUCGAGUCUAAGUUUCACGUGAUUAUAGGUUGUCGUUCUCUAAUUGCUGGAGAAGAGGUGAUGACUUCUAUUCGAAAUGGAGGUAUCACCACCGGAUCCUGUAAAGUGUUUGAAUUGGAUCUUAAAUCACUCAAAUCUGUGCGUAGAUUUGCAGAGAACGUAUUGAGGGAAGCCCCUCGGAUUGAUUUGCUGAUAAAUAAUGCUGGGGUCAUGUUUGCACCCUAUGAAAUAACAGAGGAUUUAUGUGAAUCACAAUUCCAAGUAAACUAUUUGUCACACUUCGUCCUUACCAAUUUACUUCUUCCGCGAAUGAAGGAAACUUCACGCCGAAGUGAUAAACAUGUUGCCUGUCGAAUUGUUAACGUUGCAUCUGAUGCCAAUUAUGGGGGACAUAUCGACUUUGAUAAUUUAGAACAAUGCAAAGUCUAUGUGUCCAACAAGGCAUAUUCUGAUUCAAAAUUAUGUCAAAUUUUGCACGCUUAUUAUUUGGACUCGCUUCUCCGUUCAGAAGAUAUCAAGGUCAACGUAUUGUCGCUACACCCUGGAGUUAUCGUGUCCGACCUUUGGAACAAUAUGCCAAGUGUCGUAGUCGCCAUUGUCAACAUGUUCAAGUGGAUGCUUCGAACGACCGAGGAUGGAGCAAAAACAGUGAUUUAUACUGCCUUGUCCCCAAAACUGGAGGGAGUGGGUGGAGUCUACAUUAAUAGCUGUGAGAUUGUACAACCAGUGUCCCAGGUUUCAGAUAUAAGUAUACAAAAACGAUUAUGGGAUAAGUCCCUUGAGCUGGGUAAAAUUUAAUUUAGAAUAUAUGUACAUGUAUAUUAUUUUUGGUGUGUAUUUGCAUAUAUGUAUGUACUUAAUUAUGCCAUAGUGAAAUUAUUACUUAUCUCAUACUUAUUGCAUAUUGUGUCGUAAUGGUAGAAAAAUUCUAAAAUUGUAACUUAUAAUAGAUAAAAGCUUUAACUCUGAUUAUGUAGUUUUGUUGUACCCCAUUACUUAUCUAAUAUGACGCAUAAUACAAGGUUCAUGUAUAAAUUUCUGAAAUGAAAAA